CGGCUCUCUGCAGCGAGUCACAGGGAGGUAAUAAAGGGAGGCAGGCUCGCGCAUCUGUGCCGUCCUGCUUCAGCACACUCCUCCUCAGCCAGGAUCCGAGGCGGCAGGACUUGCUUGACUUGAGUUCAUCAAUGUGACUCCGUUUACCUGGAUAAGAAGAGUGCGAGCGAGAGCGCCAGUGUCAGAGAGAGAGAGAAGACUGACGGAGUGUCGACGUGAACCGCUGAAGGAGAGAACGCGAGCAAACAUGAUGGUCCAGCAGAAGCUGCUCCUCGUCCUCUACAGCCUGAGCGCCAGCGUCUUGAAAGUGGCCGGGACAAAAAGCAAAGCGAAAGGUGGCCAAGGUCAGUUCCCCAUCACUCAGAACGUGACGGUGCUGGAGGGGGGCCAGGCCAACAUGACCUGUCGUGUGGAUUACAAUGAUAACACCUCCCUCCAGUGGUCGAAUCCUGCACAGCAGACUCUGUUCUUCGGGGACAAGAAAGCGCUGCGGGACAACAGAAUCGAGCUGGUGCGAGCGUCGUGGCAGGAGCUCACCAUCCGGAUCAGUGACGUCAGCCUGUCGGACGAAGGCCAGUACACCUGCUCGCUCUUCACCAUGCCCGUCAAGACCACCAAGGCCUUCCUCACCGUUCUGGGAGUGCCAGGAAGACCAGAGAUCACCGGAUUCACCAAGCCCGCCUUGGAGGGCGACUCCAUCACUCUCACCUGCACCACACUGGGCAGCAAGCCGGCCGCCACCAUCCGGUGGUUCCGGAAUGACAAAGAGGUCCAAGGCUCGAAGGAGGUGAGCGCAGUAGGGAAAUCCUUCGUGGUGAAAAGCAGCCUGCGAUUCCAGGUGGACCGACGGGAGGACGGCGUGGCAUACACCUGCAGCGUCGAGCACGUGUCCCUGCCGACUCCCGACAUGACCACCGAGGUUCUGGAGGUCCACUACGCUCCUCAGCUGGACAUCGCACACUCCCAGAUCAUCCCACAGGAGGGCCAGUACUUCAAACUGGAGUGUGGCCCCAAAGGAAACCCUAAACCCGACCCAGUGUUCUGGACCAAAGAUGGAGGAGAACUUCCCGACAUCGAGCGAAUGAUCGUGGAGGGCAGAGAGCUCACCAUCACCUCGCUCAACAAAACAGACAACGGCACAUACCGCUGCGAGGCCAGCAACUACCUGGGGACCAGCAGCGCCGAAUACGUCCUCUUUGUAUACGCUAAAGACUACCCAGGGCCCACGACAGAUCCGAACGCUCUAGGACAAGCCGGACCCGACCACGCUCUAAUCGGCGGCGUUGUUGCAGUGGUGGUCUUCAUCACCUUGUGUUUGAUCAUCGUCCUCGGUCGAUAUCUGGCAAGACAUAAAGGGACUUAUCUAACGCACGAGGCCAAAGGAGCAGAGGACGCGCCCGACGCCGACACCGCCAUCAUCAACGCCGAGGGCAACCACGUGCACGCGGAGGAGAAGAAAGAGUACUUCAUUUAGGCUUCUUACCUGACAACUUUUUCGACAACAGACAUGCAAUUUGAAGCUGCCUCAGUGUCACCUCAUGAUCUGGUUUCCUUCACAGACUCGUUGCUUUCUUCUUCGGCGAAUUCACACCGGUUUUUCAAAACAUUGGUUUUCUUCUGCUUGAGUGUGAAGCACUUUUUUUUUUUUAUUUCUAUUUUUAGUUGACGGUGCCUACUGCUGUAAUUUUCUGCUGCUGUUUCAUGCCCUCUAUUGACUUCCUGAAGUGUCACUUCAACACAUCUAAACCGUCCUCUAAAACAUCGGGAACAUAUUCAUUUGGAGCAGAAAUGGAAAAGCCGUGAUAAGUCCAGUAUAUUGGUGAUAAGCAGCAGCGUUGCCAACACUCGACGUGGAGUUUUCAGCUCGAGUUUCCUUCAGAUUCUCUGGUUUCCUCCCUCAGCAUUAGCUCCUUCCUUGGUUAGGAAUUGUCGCACAUGCAAGUUGAGAAUUGGUCGAAACUAGAAUAGAAAAGCCUCAGCUCAUGUGAGGAAUGAGAAUGGCAACUUUUACAGAACUGAAGUCACAUUCACACUAAAAAUAUAAACCCGAUUUUAUAGUUGAGUUACGUAACUUCAUUAUGUUGACGACUGAUUUGUUCAGUAAAUACAAAAGAAACUAGAGUAUAUAAAAUGUAAAUAAAUGUGUUUUGUGCAGAAAUGUAGCCAUAUAAAAUGUAGUUUUCCGCAUAUUUUGCAGUUCAACUGCGCUGGUUAUCGUCAAAAACCCAUCUGGAAAUGUACAAGUCAACUCAAACUUCUGGUCCUGCUAAUGUUGCUUCUUCAUGUUGUGUUGAAAUGGCCUCCAAAAAGUUCAUCUGAACUCCAGCUUCAUUGGCCUGUUUCCGUAGCGGUACCAUACCAGUUGGUGCUACACGCGCUCUCCAUCACUCUGGUGGAAUCGGAGCAUCAAAGCUCUUCUCUUGAAACAAAGGCUCACGAUUCGAGAUUAGAUGAGAUGAAACUGAAUUGACUUCCAAACUUAUGUUUCAGAUAAACCCUCAAAAACACAGCCAUAACAACUUGAUCUAGAGCCAUUCAUUGCAGAACUCCAAUGAAAUGUGGAAAACGUCUUAUUCACUUUAUUAAACAACAAACUGAAGAUUUACAAAGGAGACACUUCAUCUAUUGUUAACAGCAGUUGGACAGACCUUCACCCAUCGUCACUCUUGUUGACAACAGGCGUCUCAUCCUUAACUCAUUCUACAGUCGUAGUGCAUUUAUGAGGCUUCAUAGAAGAUGUUGUGAAUGUGCAUAAUCCUGUAUGAAAACUGUAUUAUACGGUGAGGCAGAAUUUGAAAUAAUAUUGUCCUUUUAUUUCUAAUAUUAUACUGUGUUAAGGUAAACCGUACGUAAACGUACCGUAAAUGAUUAUGAACAUUCACAACAUCCUUUAUAAAGCCUUCUGUGUUAUGAAUGUACUAAUAAUGCAUUAUCGAUGAGACCUUUACGCAAAUAUUUCAGCAGCAGAUCUUUGUAUCAAAGAGCCACAGGGAUGUUUUAAGACAUUAUUUAUUCAUUUCUUAUAAUUGUGCAGCUCCUGGAGAGAACCAGACUCAAGGCGACUUGUCACAGUCACUGCUUUUAUCGGUCGGAGAGAAGGCUUAAAGACAUACUGCUGAGGAAGGAGAAGGGAGUGAAGGCGAGGAGGAAGAAGGAAUAGCACAAAGUCUACACUCUUUAGGGGUGAGACGUGAGCUAAAGUUUACAUCUUAAACAUCGACAUGAGCCAGUACAAACAGACGUAACCGUGAAGAAGCAGUCUUCGCUCUCAUGAUCAGAACUUUUAGGAUGAUGUUGGCUUAUUCUCUCGGCUGUGGGAAGAAACUAAAGAGCGUCUGGAGGAAGCUCACACCAACAGAGAGACUGGAGAACUCAAAGAGAAGUCAAAACCAGGCGGCUUCUUCUUUUAAGGUGAUAAAUGGAUGGGAUUUGAAAGAACAAGAAGAAGGUGGGUGUGUGAGCACUGCCUGUUUAUUCUCUGAGAUUCCCCAUACCAGUUUUCUGGGUCCAAAAACGAAGGGAAUUAUCAAGAAACAUACUGGGAUUAUCGGUCAAAGUCCCUGUAAAGUGAAGUCACAGAUUUGUUUCUGUUUCAGAGCUGACGCCUCCGUUUCUGUUUUAACAAGCAGCGCCCCCUACUGUACGAUCGGCACUUUUGACAGUGUCAUUGUAGCCGCCAUUGGACUAUUUAAGCCUUGAAAACUCACACAUAGUGAGAGCCGUCUGCAGCUGUGGUUUGUCCAGAACCGGACCUGCCGACAGACUGAUGAUGCAGCAAGUUAGAACCGGCCUUUAACAUGUUUACUGAGAGUCCAGUUCAUGCUAGCAGACUGUCAUAACAGUGAACUUGCCGGGCUGCCUCCAAACACCACACCAUUGUUGCGUUUUCCACCUCGCCCAUUUCAUUUCCUCCCCUCACAUCUUUCUCUCACUUAAAACACAAGCUUUUUUUUUUUUUUUUUUUUUGCUUUACAGGGACUUAGCUUUCAAGUUAUGUAACCCAGAAGCCCGGUGAUUCUCUUUGGUGACAGAAGCAAACAAGCACAGUCCCCUGCUGUAACCCCAAAAACGUACACGAGAUUUCCAUUCCUGUCCUCGCCACCACCGUCGUGGUUUUCCACACCGUUUGGAGAGAAUCAAAGCACAAAGUCUGAGGACGGACGGCAACACAAGCGGCUGAUUCUUGUCUCAGGAUCGACGGAGACGGCGUCAGCGCUAAGAGACUUUCGGUAUAUUUGCAACCAUGAUUGUGGAGAUUUUCUUUUCGCCGAUUUUAACACAGAAGAAAAUCCAAAUUCGUGAAUGAGUGGAACCUUGUGGGGUUCGUUAUUUAUUUGGACUUUGAAUAACUAUGCUCAAUGUGUGGAUAUCGCUGUAAAAUACUUUGCUAACGUGGAUAUUAGUGAACACAUCGUCGACUCUUCGGAUCCCUGACGCAUCGAUUUGUAUAUGAGCAUACGCAGUAUUUAAGGUGUCCUUUCUUUCAUUGGCAGAAACUUUUGUAAAUAAUGUGUAAGUAUUUUAAAAUAUUUGGUUUCUUUACGCUCAUAUCACUUCAGUUGAAAUACCUUCAAGCAAAACAAAAAAAAAACGUAAUGUAUUUAUGGUCAUGAUGAAUUGACAUUUAAAAUGUAAGACACCAUGAAUUAUCGCUGUUAUUACUAAAUAGCCGUCUUUUAUCAGCGCCCCAUUUUUAAUAAUGUAAUUAACCACGAGGGACGAAACAAGGAUCACCGUUAUGGCCUUUUGAGUUUGCUGCAACUGUCAGGCGUUGGUGAGCCGCACAUCCAUGGGUGUACAUAGCCACUGUAUUUAACGGUCUCGACAUGACUCACCUGUGUUCCUUUCUUAUGCCCACAUGAUUCUAUAAAUAACUGAAUUUGUAUAAAUCGCUGUAAUUUAUUUGCUUUAUAUGGAGGGUGUGUGAGAUUUUGUUUUGAUUUUCCUCUUCUCAGUAUUGAAUAGUCAUUUUUCAACUAUGCCACUGUAAAGAAAAAAAAAAAAGAAAAUAAAAGGUGAGAAAAAAAACGCGGAUUAAAAUAUGAACAACUUGAAAUCUGCCGUG